CAGUGGUAGCACAGUGGACCAACGUCCUUCUAAGAAAUCCCCAAGAGUCGAGUGGAAUCGAGGCACCAUCAUCCAUCAUGGCAGCCGCCGCGACAGGCAUUUUCGCCGUCGGUUUCUCACCCCUCCUGCGCGGCAAGAAAAUCCCGGCCACCAGAAAAUAUAAUAAACCGAAAAGUACGGUUACGAACCGGCAAUCGGUUUGGUCAACCGAACGGCCACGGCCUCCGUCAACGACCGUCUCCGAGAAGGGAAGUCUGGAGAAAGCGUUUGCGGAUGAGGCAAAACUGGAGGGCGAGGGGGAGCAGCGAUUGAAGUUGAAGGAUUACUUUGAGCAGUCGAAGGAGAUGAUGAUCGGAUCGGACGGUGGGCCGCCUCGUUGGUUCUCCCCCUUGGACUGCGCCUCUCGCUUGGGUACCAACUCCCCGCUCUUACUCUAUUUACCCGGGGUUGAUGGUGUUGGGCUCGGACUUUCUUUGCAUCACAAACGGCUUGGAGAGAUGUUUGAUAUAUGGUGCUUGCAUAUACCAGUUAUGGAUCGAACACCAUUUUCAGACCUGGUGGACCUUGUUACGAACACAGUAAGGUCAGAGAACUUUUGUUCACCGAACAGACCAAUUUACCUUGUUGGAGAAUCCAUUGGAGCAUGCUUAGCACUAAGUGUUGCUGCCUGUAACCCUGAUAUUGAUCUUAUACUAAUUUUAGCUAACCCAGCUACUUGUUUUGGCAGAUCACAGCUGCAGCCUUUUAUGCCUUUGUUACAAAUCAUGCCUGAGCCGCUCAAUCGUAGUCUGCCUUAUGCACUGAGUUUUGCGACAGGUAUUCCUUUGAAGAUGGUGAUGUCUAUUUUGGAUAAAAGAUAUCCUCUGGAUCAAACAGUUGGAGAACUAACAGAGAGUGUUGGAGCAUUUUCAUCGUACCUUUCUGUCCUGGCUGAUAUCCUACCCAGAGAAACGCUUUACUGGAAGCUACAGAUGCUGAGGUCAGCUUCAGCAUAUACCAAUUCCCGUCUUCAUGCUGUCAAAGCACAGACACUAAUACUUUCCAGUGGUAGAGACCUGCUGUUACCAAGUCAUGAGGAAGGUGAAAGGCUUUGCCAUAUGCUGCCAAAAUGUGAGAUUCGUAAAUUUGAUGACAGUGGGCAUGCCCUUUUCUUGGAAGAUGAUCUUGAUCUAGUAACUGUCAUACAGGGUGCUGGUUUCUAUCGCCGUGCAAGAUGCAUUGACUAUAGCUCAGAUUACAUACCACCAACUCCAUCUGAGUUCAAAAAAAUAUAUGAACCAUUCAGAUGGAUUGAGGUGGCUACCAGCCCUGUGGUGCUCUCAACUUUAGAGGACGGAAAGAUAGUAAGAGGCCUUGCAGGGGUUCCAUCUGAGGGGCCGGUCUUAUUUGUUGGCUAUCACAUGUUACUAGGUUGGGACUUGGUUCCGCUGAUAUCUCGUUUUUGGAUGGAAAGGAAUAUUGUUGUCCGAGGCAUAGCCCAUCCAAUGAUGUUCACAAAGUUGAGAGAGGGAAGUUUACCCGAAUUAUCAGCCUACGAUACAUUCAGAAAAAUGGGAGCAGUACCUGUUUCGGCAACUAACUUCUAUAGACUUUUUGCAUCAAAGUCCCAUGUCCUAUUGUUUCCAGGAGGCAUGCGUGAAGCUCUUCACCGAAAGGGGGAGGAGUACAAGUUAUUCUGGCCAGAACAGUCUGAGUUUGUUAGGAUGGCAGCGAGAUUUGGAGCAACAAUUAUACCUUUUGGUACUGUUGGAGAAGAUGAUGUUGCUGAAGUAUUACUUGAUUAUGAUGAUCUCAUGAAAAUUCCUUAUUUUAAGGCUGAAAUAGCAAAACUCACUGAUGAGGCUAUCAAGUUGAGAGCUGACAUCAAUGGAGAAGUAGCAAACCAAGAUGUGCACCUUCCAGUUAUCUUACCUAAACUUCCAGGACGUUUCUAUUACUACUUUGGGAGGCCAAUUGAAACAAAAGGGAGGAAGAAGGAAUUGAGGGAUAGGGAAAAAGCACAUGAACUGUAUUUAGAAGUGAAGUCUGAUGUAGAGAAAUGCAUUGGUUUCUUGAAGGAGAAAAGGGAAGGUGACCCUUAUAGACAUAUACUGCCUCGAUUGAUCUUCCAGGCCAUGCAUGGUUUUGAUUCAGAAGUUCCAACUUUUGAACUUCCAUCAUUUGUAACGUCAAAAGCAAAAGUUCAAUGAUCUCAGUGGAAACACUGCAGUAUUGUGAUCCUGGGAGAGAGACGUCUAUGCCCGGUGCACAUUACCAAUCAUACAUAUCAUCCCCCGCAUUCUAAUAACAUAAUUUAGAUUCUUCCGCGCAAGGGGCAUCUUUCUGCUAUGUAAUUCUUUUCCAUCUCUUCAUUAUUAAUUAUUAUUAUGCGUAUACAUUUAAGCCCCAUGUAUGUAUGCUAAUUUAUAAAAUUGUGGAUAUGCCAUAUGCAUAUGAAGAAAUUGGAACUUC